UCACCUCCUCCCAUCCUCAUUUCAGUCAAACCAGCAUUCAGUAUGGCUUCAUCAUCAUCCACGCCACAUCGGAAGUCGAUGUCAUCUUACGUCUUAGGUUUACUCAAUCUUUCUGGUCAAACUGGCCCUGGCGAAGCUGAAACCGUUUACGAGAAGAGAAUCGAAAAGCAGCCGCUAUAUCUCUACCCUACCGACAAACCACCCGCAAAUUCCGGAGACGAUGUAAAGCUGCAGAAGAACCGCGCCGUCGGGAUUAUUAAGACUGGUUUGCUUAGGGAAGCAGAAAAGAAGAAAGCAAAUGCUCCCAAGCCCGCUGGGAUAAUUAUGAAAGACUCGCGGCGAGCACGAGGACUUGCGCGACAGCUACGAAGGGAGCAGAGUAUUUUGAAAAAGAAAAAGCUGAUGAAGGAGCGGCGGAAACGAAAUCUACGCCGAAGAAAAUCAAAGGAAAUGUCGGAUGAACAGACAGGCGAUUUGGAUUCUCAGCCUGUCCCACCAGCAGCAACCUCAUCACAGCCUGCUGAUGUCGAGAUGACUGAUCAGGAGAACGACGGAGAAUCAGCACCAGCAAAACCCACAGACAGCUCUUCAAAGAAAUUCUCAAAAACCAAAGACAUACCGAAAAGAAACCAAAGGGACCAAACGAACCAACAGACGCAAAAAACGAAUACGGGGCCGAAAACCUCUGAGGAACGGAUCGCCGAAGCCAAAAGGACCAAUCAGCACCACCAAUAUCUCCUCUCCUUAGUGACAGCUGAUCGCGAGAUCGAUUACGAUGCUGAAGAAAUCGACAGCGCAGCCACAACAACCACAAUCACGCGUCCGAAUCCGAUGUCUGCAGCCGAGAAGAAACGCACGCAGCUCUAUCAACUGGGUCCGGAUGCGUGCAAUUACGAUGUGUACAUUAGCCUAUGCACUCUUUGGUUCUCUUACAUUAACGAUCUACUGGGCAUUAAUCCUCUACCUGACCUUCCUGAAAAGCCUGUCAACGUGCAGGAGUACACACAGAAGCUUUCGGCGGCAGAUUAUCAUGGCGCGUUUGUGACCGUUAUGCGGGCAAAAUGCGUCACUCGGGUUGGAAUAGCAGGGAUCAUAGUCCGCGAGACAAAAUCAAGUUUUCUGAUUGUGACUAAAAAGAACGAAAUCAAGAUUGUACCAAAAGAGAAUACGGUGUUUUUGAUCUCAAUUGGUGGCCAUCCAGAUGACGCAAAGAAGUUAUCAGUAAUGCUCUACGGGUCUAAUUUGCUAUAUCGAGCGGCAGAUCGAGGUGGCCGGAAAUUCAAGAGCAAGGCUACGAGCGAUUUAUAGGAUGAGCAAGA